UUCGUGUGGAAUUGUUUGAGAUAUUGAUAAAUCUAGUUUGAAACAAGAGUCUCAAGUUCUACUCAAGUGAUUGAAACUGCUUGCAAGAAAACUGAGCUUGCCAUUGUAAAAGACAGUCUCGGGGAGGAAUUUUGCAUCGCCAUCUUGUUCAUUCAGGAGUACUUUUGUGAGCAUGGAAAGUUUUUUUUAUCCUCUCUGUUGGAGAUUCGAGAAGGGAAAUGAUAGAGGGGACUAGGCAGUUUGAGUCGGAUUCAAGUUAUUUGUGCUGAUUUCUCGUAUCUCUUCAGUUAUGCAGAGCUUAGUAAAAGAAUAGCAGUUUAAAAAGAACGUUUUGAUCUAUAAAUGUGAUACCAUUUCUUGAUUUAGAAUCAUAGAGAUUCGUUGACUAACCAAAAUUCCGUUGCUAUGGGGGAGCCGAACAAUGCUGGGUACGUAGCUUUAGGGGAAGCAUCCUUCCCAACAUUAGAUAAGUUCCAGAAGGUUUCAGUCAUACCUCUUGUUUUUCUUAUAUUUUAUGAAGUUUCUGGGGGACCAUUUGGAGUUGAAGACAGUGUCCAGGCAGCUGGACCUCUUUUAGCUCUUCUUGGUUUUUUGCUUUUUCCACUUAUAUGGAGCAUUCCAGAAGCCUUGAUAACUGCAGAAAUGGGUACCAUGUUCCCAGAGAAUGGUGGAUAUGUAGUUUGGGUUUCAUCAGCGCUGGGUCCUUAUUGGGGGUUUCAGCAAGGUUGGAUGAAAUGGCUAAGUGGUGUUAUUGAUAAUGCACUAUACCCGGUUUUGUUUCUGGAUUAUCUGAAAUCGGCAAUCCCGGCAUUGGAGGGUGGUAUCCCUAGGAUAGUAGCAGUGCUGGCUCUGACUGCGGCUCUAACUUACAUGAACUACAGGGGUUUAAGCAUAGUGGGGUGGGUUGCUAUACUGUUAGGGGUGUUUUCUCUGCUUCCUUUUGUGCUCAUGGGACUAGUUGCAAUCCCCAAACUGGAGCCAUCAAGGUGGUUUGUGGUGGAUUUCAGCAAUGUGGACUGGGGUUUGUACUUAAACACACUGUUCUGGAACCUCAACUACUGGGACUCAAUCAGUACUCUUGCAGGAGAGGUCGAAAACCCGAAUAAAACUCUUCCAAAAGCUCUUUUUUAUGCUCUUAUAUUGGUUGUUUCUGCAUACUUUUUUCCUCUUUUAAUUGGUACUGGAGCAGUACCACUUGAUCAGGAAAUGUGGUCUGAUGGGUAUUUUUCAGAAGUUGCUAAAAUUUUAGGUGGUGUCUGGUUGAGAUCUUGGAUCCAAGGGGCUUCUGCCUUUUCAAACAUGGGCAUGUUUGUGGCAGAGAUGAGCAGUGACUCUUUCCAGCUUCUAGGGAUGGCUGAGCGUGGGAUGCUUCCCGAGAUCUUUAGCAAGAGGUCUCGUUAUGGAACCCCUCUUACUGGGAUUUUAUUCUCUGCAUCUGGAGUGAUUUUGCUAUCAUGGUUGAGCUUCCAAGAGAUUGUUGCUGCAGAAAACUUCUUGUACUGUUUUGGAAUGAUUAUGGAAUUUAUAGCAUUUGUGAAAUUAAGGAUGGACUAUCCAGCGGCACCAAGGCCUUAUAAGAUACCUGUUGGAACAGUUGGAGCAAUUUUGAUCUGCAUUCCUCCUACCUUGUUAAUUUUAGUGGUAUUGACACUUGCUUCUCUCAAAGUCAUGGCUAUCAGCAGCGUUGCUUUGAUUAUAGGGCUUAUCAUGAAGCCUUGUCUUGAUUAUGCAGAGAAGAAAAGGUGGUUCAGGUUUUCUAAAAAUUCUGACCUUUCAUCCAUCCAUUCUGUGUAAUGAACCAUGAAUGCUUGUUACAAUUUUGAUUUUCCCCUUCCUCUUUUUUUCCCUGUUCAUCUGAAAUGUGAAUGCAAUGCUAGCAUUCUUUAUCCGCU